AUGUAUCGACGAUAUUUUGGCUUAACACCACCAAAUCUUCGACUGUGCAAUCCACGAUCACUUGAAGAUUAUAUUGAUUGGUACAUUAAUGUAUACAUGGAAGAAGAACUUCCAUGGCAAUGGAUCAAUGUUGGUAAUCCAGCAGAAAGGGUCAGACAAGGUGAAGAAGAAGCCCAAGAAGAAGCAGAAAAAUUAGCUAUUAACUCUUCGACUUCUCAUCAUACAAAAAAUAAAUGA